AUGGCUUCUACUUCAUCUGGCAAAGAGCGCACUUAUAAAGAAGCAAUUCUACAAUGGGGUUUCACAAGCAUCGUAGACAAAAAUAUAGAAAAGCCCCAGUGUGUUUUGUGCCUCCUACGCACUGGCGACCAUGGUCGCCGCGACCUAGCCGCGGCGGCCAGUGAAUUCUGGACUUUAUAUGGCAAUCGCUAUAGCCCCUACGCACUUAGCGGCCAGCGACCAGCGGCCACCGUUGGCCGCGGCGUCCAAUUUGAUGCCACGCGACCAGCGACCAAUCGUGGCCGUCGAGAACAUCACUUCUGUAUUAAAAUUCAUCAGUGCUACCGCAUCGGCCGCGGCGACCAGACGUGUAGCUAG